AGGGUCAGAGUAAUUUAUAAAGUCAAAUCGUAAAUUCUACCAAAAUUUAGAAAAAUGUCAAAUGACUCCGGUGCAUCCAUGACUUACCCUAUGCAAUGCUCUGCAUUACGUAAAAAUGGUCACGUUAUGAUCAAGGGUCAUGCCGUUAAAAUCGUGGACAUGUCUACUUCAAAAACUGGAAAGCACGGCCACGCAAAGGUCCAUAUGGUUGGGAUUGAUAUUUUUGACAGCAAAAAGUACGAGGACAUCAGUCCUUCUACUCAUAAUAUGCAGGUUCCAAAUAUAAAAAGAACUGAAGUCCAGGUUGUCGACGUGGACGUUGCUGAUCAGCAGGUUACUAUUAUGGAGGAAGAUGGCGACACAAGGGAGCUGAAGGUUGAAGAAAAACCUAUGCUGGACAGCAUUCAUAAGAUCAUAGAGUCUGGGUCAGAUUGUUAUAUAACAAUUUUGGCAGCGUUGGGACGUGAAAAGGUGAUUACAGCAAAGGAAAAGAAUGAUGAUUAAACAACCAACCAACACUACUGUUCUCAAUUGGGCAUUUUCAAAUUAUUACCCAAAACCUGGACUUCCUAGAAAAGUUCGAAUGUAAAAAUCUGCAAAAGAAUUAAAUAAUUUUCAAAUGUACAUACCAACUUACCACAAUGGUCCUCAGUUCUUUUUUUAAUCUCUCACAAAAGCCUCGUUUUCGCUCUGUUGUAGCCGCAUGUAAAACGGUUUAACCCCGAGGUCCCCGAAUGUAAAUGAUAGGACUCGUAUGUUAAUGUGACCCCUUGUCCCCUGGUCAGUGCCAACUGAAAAUUUUAUUGAUACAAAAGUUCAGUUACUUGUCAGCGGAUACCAAUUAAUUUAAUUCCCUUGGGGUGCUUUUAACCCGGCCCUAUUGCUUAUUUGUGGACACCUAGAAGACUUUAAUUUCACUUGAAACAGUUUUAUUUGUGUACGUGCAUGUACAAUAUUGGUUUUGGCGUAAGAAAAUUUGCCGGUGUUAGCAAUCGUGUGAAGUGUAAUGCAACAGAAUGUUAGUUAA